CACACACAGAGCGGUGGCAGCUGCAAGAGACAGAAGGAAGGGCAGGAGAGGGAGCCUAAGCAAAGACGGAGAAGCACAACUUGUUGGUGCGGAUACUGCAUGUGAGAUGGAUUUUCAGAAUAAGGAUUGAGGUCCAGUUUGUGGUUUGGUGAUGUCCAGCUUAUAGUGAGGACACCACUGGCUCCAUCAAGGUCCAGCCGAACCGUCAGCAUGCAGAACCUCCGGCACGCAGCCACCGAAGCCUUUCAGCGCCUGGGUCUGAAGCAGAGACAUCUGGGCUAUCAGGAGCUGGGCGACGUGGAUGGCGUUGAAACCCCUCAGCCGCACUGGUUCCACACACUGCAGGUGCGCAGGCUGCGAGUGCAGAGAGGACGCAGCAACAGCGACCCGCUGGGGGGCAAAAGCUUCCAGCAGGAGUUCCAGUGGAACACAGGGCUGCAGUUUGGAACAGCCACUUCUUACCUGAACCUGGAGAAACUAGGAGAGGGCACCUACGCCACAGUGUACAAAGGAAUAAGCAGGAUAAACGGCCACUUGGUGGCACUAAAGGUGAUCCGUAUGAAGACUGAAGAGGGCAUUCCUUUCACUGCUAUCAGAGAGGCCUCUCUGUUAAAAGGCCUGAAGCACGCUAAUAUUGUUCUGCUCCAUGAUAUCAUCCACACACGCGAGUCUCUUACCUUCGUCUUUGAGUAUGUGCAAACAGACUUGGCUCAGUAUAUGAUACAGCACCCAGGAGGACUGCACUCGUACAAUGUUCGAAUCUUUAUGUUCCAGCUGUUGCGAGGUCUAUCAUAUAUCCACAGUAGGAGGAUCCUGCACCGGGACCUAAAGCCUCAGAACCUGCUCAUCAGCUACUUAGGAGAGCUCAAACUGGCUGACUUUGGACUGGCCCGGUCCAAAUCCAUCCCAUGCCAAACAUAUUCAGCAGAAGUUGUGACGUUGUGGUACAGACCGCCUGAUGUUUUGCUGGGCUCCACAGACUACUCAACAGCACUGGACAUCUGGGGUGCUGGCUGCAUUUUCAUUGAGAUGCUGCAGGGGGCGCCAGCGUUCCCUGGUGUGGCUGAUGUCUUGGAGCAGUUGCUGAAGAUUUGGACAGUUCUGGGGGUGCCCACAGAAGAAAGCUGGCCGGGUGUGAGUGAGCUGCCCAACUAUAAACCAGAAUGGUUCCUGCCCUGCAAAGCCCAGCAAUUCAGAGAUGUCUGGAAAAGAUUCGCUCAGUUGCCCUAUAAGACGGAAGACUUGGCUCAGCAGAUGUUGAUGAUGGUCCCCAAAGACAGGAUCUCGGCCCAGGAUGCGCUGCAGCACCCCUACUUCAACACCCUCCCGCCCCCAGUGAUGCAGCUGCGGGACACUGUAUCAAUUUUUAAGGUGCCUGGUGUUAGGUUGGAGACGGAAGCGAGAGACAUCUUCAGUCCCAACAGGCGAAUGAAAUCCUCUCUUGUUCCCCUGGGCAAGUGCUGGUGAGAAGCUUCCGCUGCCCCACUUCGACCACACGCAACUUUGUAGGACAGAAAAAAAUCAAAUGAUACUUUAUACAGCAUGGAAGUCUGUUGAAUUUACAUGUUGUAUUAUCAUGGAGCCCCAUUACCAGGAACCAUGACUGUUACUCUUUAAAGGAAAUGUCCAGUUUGUAUUUUUUUUUCUUCCAAACUGCGUGUGGUCAGUUUUUUGAUGGCCUGUGAAUGGACGAGUCAGUUUAGAGAAAGGGGGCAAAUUUGGAGGGAUGUCAUUACAACCUGUGUUGUUGAAACCCACCAAUGACUUCAUGCAAAUUGCACUUAUUGAUUUCUAUACUUUUGGUACAGUAUUUAACCCACUGAGUUCUUAUGAAUGUUCAUCUGGACGUCCUGCACUGAAAAAGAGAUGCAUUGAAUUUACAGAUGUGUACAUCGUUUCCACAUUAAUAAACAUGCCAACACAG